GGAGCAGAGCUUCUCUCUUCUCUCUCUCUCUCUCUGCGCCACGUCAGGAGGUUGCUGCCGGUCCCUUCGAGUUCGAGCGCAGCAGCGCCAGCAGGUAUAACCAUGUGAUCAGUUUCUCUGGAAGAGCAUUCCGAGGAUUCCGAGGAUUCCUCCGUCCCCCCCUCUACCUGUCGGACAGGUGUGGGCGGCUGACGCGCACAGUGGCGCACUGGGGCCAGAGGCGGCGGCGGCUCCGCGCGCGGGGCCAUUCAUGGUUAUCUAUGGGUGAGUGUCUGCGGAGAGCUUGUCCAUGUCUGGAGGGACUAUGGCAGAGGAUUUUCACGGACAAAAAGCCUUCACCUGCAGAAGGAGUAGGAGAAGGAAGAGAAAGAGACGGAGGCGGUGACGGCGCGAGCGGUGCGGAGGAACCACCGCGCCCGGCGCCUCCGCAGCCGCCGCCGCCGGCGCAGGAGACGGUGUCCGAGGGCAGCUCCAUCUACACGGCCGUGUGGCAGUUCGCGGCCCGGCACGAGGACGAGCUGUCGUUCCAGGAGGGGGACCGGUUCAGCGUCGUCAGCCGCAGCGGGGACUGGUGGACCGCGCGCCGGAUCGACAAGAACGGCCGCGUCCUGGACACCGGCAUCGUGCCCAACAACUACCUGGUGCGGGCCGAGUCCCUGCAGACGCAACCAUGGUUUUUUGGCAAAAUGAACCGCUUCGAGGCCCGGAGUCACCUGCUGGGAUCAGGAAAUGAAGAGGGAUCUUUCCUCAUCAGACACAGCGAGAAAGACAACGUUGGAUAUGUUCUCUCAGUGAGGUCCAGCAGUCGGGUGAAGCAUUUUAAAAUCCACCAAGCAGGUGAUGGUAAUUUUCACGUGGACAACAGCCACCUCUUCAGCUCUCUGUUCGACCUGGUGGAGCACUACAGCGCCAACAGCCUGAUCACCACGGGCAGACUGGGAAGCCACUGCAAGCGGAAAAAGCCAGACACCCCCGACUUGAACCAUUUCAUGGUGGACGAGUGGGAGCUCCCGAAAGAAGAGUUCACCCUGGUGGAGGAGCUGGGCACUGGAUACUUUGCUGACGUCUACCAGGGAUGCUGGAAAGGACAUAUUAAGGUCGCCAUCAAGAUCAUCAAGAGCGACUCAGAGUUGAACCACCGGGAGUUUCAGAGGGAAGCCCAGAUCCUGAAGAGUCUCCGGCACCGCCAUCUCAUCUCUCUGUUUGCUGUGUGCACAGCUUCGCCGCCGUACUACAUCAUCACCGAGCUGAUGGAGAAAGGCAGCCUGCUCCACUUCCUCAGAGGUCCAGAGGGGCAGCAACAAGACCAUGCGUCACUCAUUGACAUGGGUGCCCAGGUGGCUGAUGGGAUGUCGUACCUGGAGGAGCAGAACAGCAUCCACAGAGAUUUGGCGGCUCGAAACGUCCUGGUGGGAGACGACUACAUCUGCAAGGUGGCCGACUUCGGACUGGCCAGAGUGAUCAAGGAGCCGUUCUACAUCUCGGAAGAUAAGAAGAUUCCCUACAAGUGGAGCGCCCCCGAGGCCAUCAGCCACGGGAAGUUCUCCAACAAGUCCGAUGUCUGGUCCUUUGGCAUCCUGCUCUAUGAGAUCAUCACGUACGGAGGCAUUCCUUACCCAGCCUUCAGCAAUCAAGAAGUGUACCAGCAGGUGACCAAAGGCUACAGGAUGCCAGCUCCGCCCAAAUGUCCCGACUUUCUCUAUCGCACCAUGUUGCAAUGUUGGAGCGCCGAGCCGGCCGACAGGCCUCAUUUCAAGUCCCUCAAGGUCCAGCUGGACAGCAGCUCCUACGAGAUGGAGUGACACCCCGACGCGCCUUGACCUCCUGCAGUGCGCGUUCACCACCACAGAGGGGCAGCAGAGCGUCAGACACUGAGCGGGGAUAGACAUUCUGCACCAAUGACCCUUAUUUUAAAAGAAGUGAAACAAUGCACAGGAUGUUUUUAUAGAAUGACUGGACUGUGUGUGUGUGUGUGUGUGUGUGUGUGUGUGUGUGUGUGUGUGUGUGUGUGUGUGUGUGUGUGUGUGUGUGUGUGUGUGUGUGUGUGUGUGUGUGUGUGUGUGUGUGUGUGUGUGUGUGUGUGUGUGUGUGUGUGUGUGUGUGUGUGUGUGUGUGUGUCACUAGAUCUGAUGAUCGUUUCCUUCUGGAGCUGACACCAUUAGAAUGUUGUCGACUUUUUUAGCAAUCAAAUCACCAUUUUCAUUUUUAAAGCAAAUAAAAAGAUUCACGGUCCAUUUUCUCCAAUUUGAGAAUUUGUACCUUUAUUCAGUCUAA